AUACCUGUACCCAAAAUACAGUGUGGAAUCAAACUCUAGUCGAAACGGUAUUAGACGACCUACGUUGGCAUGGUAACAACUGGAGGAUUUUUAAAAUGGAUAAGCCCACAACUAUAAAGGAAGCUAUCAGAAAAUGGGAGGAAAAAACGGGACUGAAGGCAUCUGAAGCUACGGAAGUAAAACUCUAUGCACAGUAUCCACCAAUAGAGAAAACUGAUGCUUCACUUUCUACUUUAGUUAAGUGCGAAAAACUAUCACUGUCGACUAACUGCUUAGAGAAGAUUUCCAACCUCAAUGGGCUAAAAAAUCUUAAAAUACUUUCACUAGGAAGAAAUAACAUAAAGAACUUGACAGGACUGGAAGCGGUUGGUGAUACGCUGGAGCAACUCUGGGUUUCUUACAAUAUUAUUGAGAAGCUCAAAGGAAUCAAUGUACUUAAGAAGCUGAAAGUGCUUUAUAUGUCAAAUAAUCUCGUCAAGGACUGGAGUGAAUUUCAAAAACUGGCUGAUCUGCCAGUUCUCGAAGAUCUUCUCUUUGUCGGAAACCCAUUAGAAGAGAACACUGGUGACAACUGGAGGGAUGAAGCCUGUAAGAGACUUCCAAGGCUAAAAAAGCUAGAUGGGGUACCAGUACUACACGAUGAGGGCGAUGAAGAAGGCUAGCGACGUAUGUAGAAUACCUCUAGGAUAUUAAGCAACAAAACUAUACCUUUUAAAAAACACUAUUAUUCCAAAGUGGAAACUGAACAAAUCAAAUUGAAUAUUGUACCACAGCCAAACAUUUUAAAUAAAAGUUUUGUUUGUAUGACUAAUAUUAGUCUUUGGACGUG